AUGAACUUUAUUAUUUUAUUUUUAUUAUAUUCAUUCUCUAUUGGUGAGACUUGUUCUCGUAAACCAGUUAUUUUAAUUCCAGGAAUAAUGUCAUCUAUACUUGAUAUUAAAUUAAAUAUCAGUAAAACUGAUGAACAUUUUAAAAAAAAAUGUAAAAAAGUUGAAGAUUGGGAACGAUUUUGGGCAUCAUAUAAACUUGCAUCUGAAUGUUAUUUAGAAUAUAUGCAUUUACAAUGGAAUAAUAAAACAAAACAAAUGAAAAAUUAUGAUGGAAUAGAAAUUAGAGCACCUGACUUUGGAAAAACUUAUGCUGUUGAUACAUUGUGGCCUGAAAUUCCAUGGAAGAAAAUUACUGGAAUAUGGAGAAAAUUUAUUAGUCAUUUAGAAGAACUUGGAUAUCAAGAUGGAAUUGAUAUGAUGGCAGCACCAUAUGAUUGGAGAUUUUCUCAAUCGAAAGUAAUUGAUAUAUGGCUCGAACAAACAAAACAACUUCUUCUUGACUCUUAUAAAAUAAAUGGAAAAAAAACAGUGUUAAUUUCAUCUUCUAUGGGAGGAUAUAUGGCAUAUAGAUUAUUAGAUUAUCUUGGAAAUGAUUUUUGUAAUCAAUACAUUGAUCAAUGGAUUGCAAUUAGUAUGCCUGUUAUGGGAUCAGGUGUUGCUGUAAAAAUGAUUACUGUUGGUGAAGAUUUACUUCAUUUAAAUUUACCAAUUGAUAGAUUACUUAAAGUAAUUCGAUCAAUUGAAUCGGUUGUAGGAUUAUUACCUAUUGAUACAUUAUGGAAUAAAGAUGAUUUAUUAAUGGAAAUUGAAAGUACUGGAGAACGUUAUACUGUUGGUAAUAUUACUCAAUUUAUUCAAGCCAUUCCAACAACAAAUGAAUUUGGUGUUUAUGUUUAUGAAAAUACUUUAAAACCAUAUUAUGAAAAAAAUAAUUAUAAAGUACCAAAUCAAGUACCUUUAAAUUGUAUUAUUUCAGGUGGAAUUGAAACUGCUUCAUCAAUGUCAUUCAAAAAGUCACUUGAUAGUUUAUAUACAAUUAAUUAUACAGAUGGAGAUGGAAUGGUAAAUAUUAAUUCUUUAAAAGCAUGUUCAAUGUUUACCUCUAAUGUAACUUAUAUUGGUAAAUCAAGUCAUAAUGAUAUUCUUAAGAAAGAUGAAUGUUUUUCAGUCGUGAAAUCAUUAAUUUGUUGA